AUGAACGCGUAUCAUCAUCGGCAAUCAUUCUGCGGUUUCGUGCCUUCCUUGGAGAGAAAAAAGGAUGAACGAUACGGUCAUGUGAAGCAGAGGAAAUACUCUGUGGCCAGUCUAACGCAUAAAAUAAACAAGCCGCCAAACGCAGCUGACUUAUGGGAACUAAGAAGAGCUUAUUCUUUACCAGACUGCAAAGAACUUGAAAAAAUGUACUGUCCGAGGAAGUCGUCCCGUAGCAAUUGCAAGACGAUAAUUUCGGACAUACCGGCUGAAGGAGCCAUGAAGCGUACAAGGAGCGUGUCUUUCGCCCCUGAGGUUGUCUUGUUCGCUGCCGUCGCGGAUAACGACGUUGCAGAACUAACAAAGAUUAUGCUUAAAGGUGAAAUUGAUAUAAAUCACCAGAGCCCUUCGGGACUAACAGCCUUACAUUAUGCAGCAGCUGAGGGAAGCUAUGAAUGCGUUGAGUUGUUAAUCGACAGUGGUGCCGAAGUAGAUGUAGUUGACUCUCAAGGCUGUUCCGCGCUGGAUUUCGCCGUGCGCGGAGGACAUUUCGAUUGCGCUUCGCACCUUAUCAGAGCAGGGGCUGAAAUUAAAAAGAUUGUUAAUGGGUUAUAG